GUUGAUGUUUAACGUUUUCGGUUCUGCGCGGUCUUCCUAGUUUAUUGUAUCUUGUAUGACGUUAGAUUUGUCUUUGUCAGGAGGGCGUGCAAUUUUCACGAUCUCCGUGUGCAAUUUCUCGUGACGAUGCCAAAGAGGAAGAAUCAGGCUCUUAUAGACUCUGAUAGUAGUGGCAGUGCAUCGGAAAGUGGCUCGGAUUUGGAUAAUGACUUGUUAUCGCUCGCUAAAAAGAAGAAAGGAAAAGCUCAAGAUGAUUCUCAAUCUAAUGAAGACACAGGUAAUGCUAAAAAGGACAGCAAAAAUAAUUCAGACACAUCAGAUUCGGAUGAUGAUUGGGGUGCAAAGGCUGGUAAAAAUAAGAAAAAGAAAGUGCCGACUAAACGAAAUAAAAGAAAGAUGACAAAGUCUAGCAGCGAGGAGAGUGCUAGUGAAAAAGAACCUGAGAAAGUCUCUGAACCGGAAGAAGGAGAGGUUUCAGACUCAGAUGCCAGUGUUUCGGAUUCUAGUCAAGAGGAAUUCAACGAUGGCUAUGAUGAUAAGUUGAUGGGUGAUGCUGAAGAUCAAGCAAGGCUUGCUCAAAUGACUGAAAAAGAACGCGAACAGGAAAUUUUUAAACGUAUCGAACAACGCGAAAUUAUGAAAACAAGAUUUGAGAUUGAAAAGAAAUUACGAAUGGCCAAGAAACAAGAAUUGAAAAAACAAAAGGAAUCGCGGAAGAAAGAGAAAAGUGCUGAGGAGAGGAAAGUCGACAGAGCUCCAGAUCCUAAAGAACGAAGUAAAGAUCGUAAAAAAACUAUAGAAGAGAAGCAAGAUAAAAAAUUCCAUGCAAUGUCUCUUCUAAAAGCAAGGAGAGAAGAGAAGAAAGAAAGAGAGGAAAAAGAGAAACAAAGGAUAGAACAACAGCAACAACAAUCAAAGGACAUGGAGGAAGAAGAAUUGGAAGAUGAUCACAAGGGUGGCGCAAAUAAAACAAAGCUUAAAGCGUCUGAUAUUUAUUCCGAUGAUAGCGGUUCAUCGGAUAGCGGUGAAGACGAAGAAACCGCUAAACCAUCAUCUCAUCGUAGAUCGUCUUCAAGCGAUAGCAGGGAUUCCGAUUCCGAUAACGAUAAAAAGUCUGUUACUAGUAAUAAAGCCAAACCGAAGAAACCAAUAUAUGUCAGUACUAAGGAAGAUCUCAAUAAAAUUAGAUUAUCUCGUCACAAAAUGGAGAGAUUUGUACAUCUACCUUUCUUUGAUAGAGUAGUACAAGGUUGUUUUGUUAGGAUUGGUAUUGGAAAUAACAAUGGAAAACCCGUUUACCGAGUAGCUGAAAUAAGCGGCGUCUGUGAAACAGGGAAAAUUUACCAACUCGGCGGUACAAGAACAAACAAAGGAUUGAAAUUAAGGCAUGGAGCUCAGGAACGCGUGUUCAGAUUAGAAUUUGUAUCGAAUCAAGAGUUCACUGAGUCUGAAUUUUUCAAAUGGAAGGAAACUUGCGCUUUGCAAGGAAUAUCCAUGCCCACGUUCGAAGAAGUCGAUCAAAAAUUAAAAGACAUUAAGGAAGCCUUAGUAUAUGAAUUUAAAGAAGAAGAUAUAGAGAAAAUUGUACGGGAAAAAGAAAGAUUUAAACAAAAUCCAUACAAUUACGCAAUGAAAAAAGCACAACUUAUGCGAGAAAGAGACGCAGCUAAUUGUAGAGGAGACGACGAAACCGCCAGUCGUCUUAAUCAAGAAUUGGGCGAGCUCGAAGAACGUGCUUCAGAACUUGAUAAAAUGCGCACCGCAACAAUAUCUAGUAUAUCUUAUAUUAACGAUCGUAAUCGGAAGAAAAACGUUGAAGAAGCUGAAAAAGCUAUUAUGGAAGAGAUUAAAGCUAAUAAAGGUAAAAAGGUGGACGACCCAUUUACCAGACGAAGUACAAAACCAAGAAUGGUUUAUAAACCAGAAGAUGACGAGAUAUCGUCAACUGUUCCAAUAAAUGACAAAACAACUCCUCAACAAACGGAAUCAGUAACAGUAAAUAGCGAAAAAGAAAACGGGCAAGAAACAAAGAAAAAGCAAAGUACCGAGGACCUAUUUAAUGCUCAUGAUUUUGAUAUCACAAUAGAUUUGGAAGUACCCAUUCCGAAUAAUCCCGUUAGUGUAUUACCGAAACCUAUUAGUAAUAUUAAAGAUACAGGACCUCGACGCUCCUUAAACUUAGAAGAUUAUAAGAAAAAACGGGGACUCAUCUAACGUUCUGUUAGCUUUAGAAAUCAGAAAAAUUUUGCAAGGCUAAGUUUUAAAUAUUAUCGUGUAGUUAUCUAAGCGUACAUCUUAGUCCUUCAAUGAUCUGAUUAAUUGUAAAAACAAGGAAAAAUCUUGUAACAAUUGACUGAGAAACUAACUUAUCUAUAGUUCUCAUAUAGCGUUUUCUUUUUGUUUUUCAUCUUUAUAUUAUUAUUAUAAACAAUAACUCUAUUUAAAAAAAAAAAGGAGUGGUUCCUACCAUAUAGUUAUUUUUGCAAGAUCAUAGUUACUGUGCAUUCUAUGCAAAUGAAUGCAAUAAAACAUCUUUAUUCUUUGAAGAGCACUGUUAAGGAGUACUUAAAGAAAAGUAUUACGAUUUGAAUUAUUUAAGAACUUUGUAAUUGCAUUUGUUCUCCUCUUUCCAUAUAUGACUUUUUGAUCGAUUAUGUAUUCAUUUCGUACUUUUUAAUUUUCCGAAGUAAAAAAAUAAAUUUUAAACGAAAAACCAUAUAUUUCUUAUUUAAAAAUUAUUCUGAACAGAUAAUUAAAAAUAAAUAUUAAUAAACGGUCACCGUAUGGGAAGUUAUACAAAUUUAAAUUUAGUGAAAAUAUUAAUUAUGUACACAAUGGUUAAAUGUGUAGUAUGACCUACAUUACAAGAUAACUAUACUUCUGAAUAUUUUUGUAUUAUUCUGCAGUGUCUAACAAGCAUUAUAUACACUGCUAAUUACUGCCAAUAUUAUUUGACUAUAGAAGCUUCAAAAUAUGUUUUACAAUAAAAAUUUGUACAUAUUCUCUAAAUAAUUCAAAUAAUUUAAAUGGCUAAAUUCUUAUAUAUAUAUAUUUCUGUCUGAAAGAAUGACAAAAACAUGUUUUAAAUGUAUUCGUUUUGUUUGUCUAGUUAAUUAAAUAAUUAUUGUUAACUCGAAUCUAUCAAAUUGGAUAGGUAUUAAAUAAUUACGCUAUAACGAUGAUUUGGCUAGUAUCUAUAGACAAUUAGGUAUAUUUUCGUGUAUUCUAUUUAUCUACUAAAUUGUUCUUUUUACUAUAUGAUCAUAAAUACGAUGUCUUGAAUAAAUAAAGUUUUAUACUUUUCAUUAAAAAGUAUGUAUUGUUUAAUACUUAUUUAAGGUUAAUUUAGGUAGUAGGAAAAAAUAAGUACAUAUUUAUUCGAAAAGAUUUAAGUUCAACCGUAAAUUUUAUUUAUCCAAGAUGUCGGAACAUCCGGUAUAAUAAUUCGCAAAUAUUAUAAAUACUUAUACAUAUAUUAAUACAAAAUGCUAAGUAGAAUGUAUUAUCAAAAUGCAACAUGUGUUUAACAUUAUCCGUAAAUUUGCCAAAAUUGUACAUAUAUGUAUCUAAACAGUAUACUAUUAAAAAAUUGUAGAGAAAUUCAUAUUUUUAUUUAGGUAUCGAAAAUUUUACAUUUAUAGUUUUAAGAGAGUAAGAGUUAAUUAGAUUAUUGGCAAGACAGGACAACUUCUACAUAGUCUUAUACUUUUUCUCGUUUAUAAAUGAUGCUUUAACAACUAGACUAAGAUAUAUGUCAUCUACAAUACUCAGUUUUUAUAUGAUACAACAUAAAUUAUAAAAUAAAUUUUCAUAUAUUUUUAAUAAUUGUUAACAUGUAAAUUUGAAUUGUCUUCUAAAUCUUUAAUGUAAUAUUUCUUUUGCGUCAACUAGCAUCGAUUACUACGGUCGUCAGUUAGAAUAUAUCUUGUCUCAGUAUUUUCUAAUCUAUAGUUUCUCUAGUUUGUUAUGCUUGUAGAGUAUAACUUAACUAUUUUAGCUAUAUUGUAUAUUGUCUACGAUCUAAGAUUAAUAGUUUUAUUUAAGGAAUCUGUAACGAAGAAACUACAAAAAAAAAUCUUAAAAUGUAUUAAACAUACUUUAAAGAUGUAUAAUUGGUAGCAGUAUUAAAGUAAUAUCCUAUUUAUAUUCCAUAAUUCUUCGAUUACGUACUUGGCUACAUCUUAUAGUUCGCACGGAUACAAAUUGCGUUUAAUCAUAUAUUGUCAUAUCUAAGGUGAAAUAUAUUUAUGUGAAUAUUUUAA